AUGUCAGUCAUGGGAAGACCAUUGACCCUUAAGACAGACAAUGGUCCUGGCUACGCAAGCCGUUCCUUUAAACAGUUCUGUGCUCAAUUAGGCAUAAAACAUAUCACUGGCAUCCCCUACAAUCCCCAAGGGCAAGGUAUUGUAGAAAGAGCAAACCAAACACUGAAAAAUACCAUUUUCAAACUAAAAACUCAGGAGACCCUCUACCCCUUGUGCGGCAACCAAACCACCUUGCUGGCACAUGCCCUUUUUGCCCUUAACUUCCUCACCCUGGAUACAGAGGGCCGCUCUGCCGCGGACCGUUUUUGGCACCCACACACCACCUCUAACCUCGCUCAGGUCCUAUGGCGUGAUCCCCUCACGGGCCGUUGGAACGGCCCUGACUCUGUUCUGACCUGGGGCAAAGGCUCAGCCUGCAUUUUCGACAAAAGGGAGCAGUCUGCUCGCUGGAUCCCCUCACGCCUAACAAAACCCUUCAGCCCAGAUAAUCAUAUUCCCCCAGGGUCUACCCCUGAGAAAAAUCUCCCCUCUUGUCUUACAGUGCACAACACCACUCCCACCGUCCAUGGAAAUGGACCCUUAGCAGCUGGGACAGUAGCUCUAUUAUCCAGACUACAACCACCUCUGGAGCACCCAGCUUCACCUUUCUCCCCUGCACAAUUAUUCAACAGGACGGACCAUGCCUACCGGAAAAACGCGGAGCCCCUACAUCACACUUCACUACUACAACCCACCGAUGACAGCUGGCUCCUAGGAAGAACUUGGGGACUCCGCUCCUACCAACCAGGAGAUGACCCCGGAGGACUGUUUUUCAUCAAGAAAGAACUCCCUCAGGAAACCCCCCCCUCCAUUCAGGGCCCAAACAAGGCCCUCCGACCCGCUAAACCCCGAUACCCACCUCACCCCCCCACACCGACAUCCGCUCCCCAACUUAGACCGUCUCCCUCGUCCCCCGUCUCCUUCCCUUCACCCCCUCCUCCUCCCCUGUUAUCCCCUAUCCCUAAGGAGAAACCGAUAAUCCCUUACCCGUACCUCCCUCUCCUGCAAGCGUCUUUUUCCGCGCUUAACCACUCCUUCCCUAACUUCACGACCAAUUGCUGGCUUUGUUUAGUCGCGUCCCCGCCCUAUCUUGAAGCUUAUGCCCUAACCGAUAAUAAUCUUACGUGCUCUAAGGUUGACAACCCCUCUGCUUGUCACUGGGAUAAUGAUGAUCCCUCCCUUACUAUACCUAUCAUCGGAGGCAAUGGCACUUGCAUUGGCAAAAAUGCUACACUUAAUCCUUAUUGUGCUGUGUCCUUCGUGACUAGGAAUGACUGCAAAUUUUAUAUUCCCCCUGGUAAUACCCGUUGGCUUUGCGCGAAAGCAGGCCUUCAAGCCUGUUGGGCUUCCACCGCCCCAGAGGACGUGUGCAUUCUGGUCACCAUUAUACCACGUGUCACCUUUAGGCCCGACCAGGACUUCCUCCCCCUGUGGGAACGACUCCAAAACCCCAGAUGGAAAAGAGAACCGGUAACCCUCGCCGUCACGGUUGCCGCUCUUCUUGGCGCCGCCGGUGCAGGGACCGGCAUAGCCGCUCUAACUUCCCAACACAUAUCCCACAAUCAUUUACGGGCAGCAGUAGAUGAAGACAUUGCCCGCUUAGAAUCCACCAUAAAUUUCUUGGAAAAGUCCCAUGCUUCCCUUGCUGAAGUAGCCUUACAAAAUAGACGAGGAUUAGACCUCCUCUUCCUCCGCGAAGGGGGACUCUGUGCCGCCCUCGGAGAAGAAUGUUGCUUCUAUGCUAACCACUCUGGCGUCAUUAGGGACUCCCUAGCCCAACUCAGGAAAGAGCUUGAACAGAGGCGCAAAGAUAGGGAAACAAACGGCCCUUGGUAUGCACAGUUUCUGCCUAGUUCUCCAUGGUUCUCUGCAAUCCUCUCUACCCUCCUUACCCCCCUCAUAGUUUUUAUCCUUGCUUUGACUUUUGGCCCUUGGAUUUUCAAAACUAUCACACGGCUGGUCACUCGCUCCGUUGAAUCAUCAAUAAAGGCCUUCCCUAUGGUACAGUACCACCGCCUAGAGAUGGUUGGCCACACCUCCCCCUCCACUGAGCAAUACAACCAACUCCACUUCUCGGGACGGUAAUCCAACGACGGGAAUAUUGCGGGUCCCUUGCCCUUGCGUGGAGGCUAUUAGGGAAAUACCCCGCAUAGCCUAAGACAGGAGCCGCCUCCGAAAGGGCUCUUCAAGACGGGCUUAAGACCAUGCUGUGAUAGUUCUGCAAAUCCGUUUUUCUCUCAGAACCCCUCUCCCUCUUUUUGAAAAGAAAAGGGAGGAAUUGUACAGAACCUGACAACAGACAAGAAAUAGUGCAAACCUAACAAGCCUCACUUCCUCCCUUAUCACAAAGAUGUUUUCCAACAGAUAUAAAUUAGUGCAAACCUGACAUGCCCCCUCCCCACUUCCUCCCUUAUCACAGGAUGCCUCCCCAAACUAGCUCCAGAUGUCCGUAAGGAAUGCAAGACCCCUCCCCUAAUAUUUACUUUCUCCCCCUAGCCACAAGUAUAUAAUACCAUGCCUUUACCUCAAUAAACGACUCCUCUUUGCA